AUGCGUUUAGUCCUGCAGAGAGUCGAAAGCGCCUGCGUGGAAGUCGUUGAAACGGGAGAAAUAUCGGGGAAAAUAGGACGCGGAAUCCUCUGCCUGCUCGGACUAGACGUGAACGACAAAUGGGAAGAUGCGGACUACUGCAUUCGAAAGUGCCUGAAGGCGAAGCUGUGGGAUGAUUCCAAAGAUCCGUCGCGCGGAUGGGCAUCGUGCGUGACCGACAGAGACUACGAAGUCCUCGUCGUCUCUCAGUUCACGCUUCUGGGCCAUCUGAAGAAGGGCAACAAGCCAGACUUCCACGCCGCGAUGGGCGCUGACCAGGCGCGCACGUUCUUCGAGAGAGUCGUCACAGAAAUGCGGCGCCAAUACAAGCCUGAGAAGAUUCAAACUGGGAAAUUCCAGCACCGCAUGCGCGUGCAGCUCGUGAACGACGGCCCCGUGACGCUCAUUGUGGACUCCUCGCAAGCGCAGCUGCCCGCGAUUAAGGAGCGGCGGCAGCUUCCGCCGGGAGCGCGCGAAAAGCCCAAAGCGGCUGCGGCCGCUGCGCCGAGCGGCGACGUGAGCAACGCCGCCAAAACUGAAGAGGCACACGGGGAGAAGCGCGAGACGACGCCAAAUGGAAACUGCUGCUGA